UUUCGUUUACCUAGCGCGCGAAGUUGUAGUUGAUCGAGCAUUGCCCCGCGUGACUAUCUCCGUUCUCUUGUCGGCUAUUAAACAUUUGAAAUUUCCAGGUUUAUCUUCGAGGCAGAAAGAUGACAGAAAGCAACCCCCUUGUCGAGAAAUACAUGAGCCUGGAUCAAGGAGGUCAAGUCCAAGUCCUGUACGUGUGGAUCGACGGCACCGGCGAAAAUCUGCGAUGUAAAACUAAGACCGUAGAAAGUGAACCGAUCACACCUCAAGAUCUUCCCGUCUGGAACUUUGAUGGCUCGAGCACUUUUCAAGCCGAAGGCUGCAACAGUGAUGUUUAUCUUCAUCCAGUAGCAUUGUUCAGAGAUCCUUUCAGACGGGGAAAGAAUAAAAUUGCACUCUGCGAAACGUACAACUUCGAUCACAAACCUGGCGUGUGCAACCACAGAUUACCGUGUAAUAAAGCCAUGGAGCAUGAAGAUGUUAAGGCAGCCAUACCAUGGUUUGGUAUUGAACAAGAAUAUACCCUAUUAGACAAAGAUGGACACCCUCUUGGCUGGCCAAAGGGAGGUUUUCCAGGACCACAGGGACCCUACUAUUGUGCUGUUGGUACAGGAAAGGUUUUUGGUCGAGAUGUUGUGGAAGCUCACUACCGAGCUUGUCUGUAUGCUGGUGUAAAGAUUGCUGGAACUAAUGCUGAAGUGAUGCCUGCACAGUGGGAAUAUCAAGUGGGUCCAUGUGAAGGAAUCAGCAUGGGUGAUCAGCUCUGGGUGUCAAGAUAUCUUCUUCACCGUGUGGCUGAAGAUUUUGGUUACAAAGUCUCCUUUGACCCAAAACCCAUGCCAGGGGACUGGAAUGGAGCUGGUGCACACACUAACUACAGUACACUUGCCAUGAGAGAAGAACAUGGAAUAAAGGUGAUCUAUGAGGCCAUAGAGAAUCUAUCCUUGCACCACGACUAUCACAUCAGCAUGUAUGAUCCAAAGGGGGGAGAGGACAAUAAGCGUCGUUUGACAGGUCGUCAUGAGACUGCCAGUAUAGAUUACUUCUCUCAUGGUGUGGCUAACCGUGGAGCUAGUGUAAGAAUUCCCCGUCAGUGUGCUGAGGAUGGCUAUGGUUACCUGGAAGACAGACGUCCUGCCUCCAACUGUGAUCCUUACAGAGUAACGGAGGCCAUUGUGCAAACAACUAUCUUGGGCCACAAAAAGAAGUAACAUCACAACACUAUGCGUGAAAGAACAUGAAGUGUAGUAAUUAUUUUAUUAACUUACUAAGCUUAUUUUGGAUUAUCUUCUUUAGUAAAACAAGAGGGGGUAAGAGCACUCUUGAGUACAUUAGCAACAGUUAAAGUUAAACAUUGUUACCUUCCUUUCUUUAUGGGUAGGAAAAAGAUCUUUUAGAUCACCAUUAGGCUAAUACCUAAAUUGUUUAGAUUCUAGUAAUACAAUUGUACAUUGCAUGAAUGCCUCUAAAUGUAGGAGACAUGGAGAGAUACCCAAAUUGAAUUUAUUUAUAAGCCACUGGGUUGAAAGUUUAGUUUAAUAACAAAUAUUAUAAUUUAACUGUAUUAGUUUGUUUGAAUGGAAUAUUAAAGUGCCUGUUUACUAUCUGA